AUGGACGCAGUAGGAUCAGAUUGCGUGCGCUCUCGGUGCAAAGGUCACUCCACAGCCCUGAUUGGCUGGACCACACAUCGGAGUCUCACGUGUUCUCUAUCUCUCGCUGUCUUUCUCAUCGUCUCUCUUAUUUCCUGCAAAUACACAUUCUGGUACGCAAGAGCAGUCUUUGCGGCAACUUUGAAAGUGAAAAAUAAAAGGAGAGAUAGCACAGAGAAGUAUACCUGCGAAAAGAUGCUGAUUCCGCUUCUGAUUUGGACUCUUCUCUCUUCCUUCCGGUGUUCCGCUAUGCCCCAUGCCCUUCAACAAUCUCUCAAUUCCACUCAGUUGGAUCCGAUUCAACGGGAAACCUGCCCUAGCGCAAAUGAAGAGUUGGUUUCCACUCUGAAUGGACCGCUGAGAUGCUGCAAUAAAUGCCCCUCUGGCGAAGGGAUGCUUCAACUCUGCACCAACCAAACACAGACUGUCUGCAGACCUUGUCAAGAGGGUUCGGAGUUCUCUCUGGAGGCCUCUGCAACUGCCAAAUGUAUGCAGUGCAGGCAAUGUCAAGAGUUGCAUCCAUUUGCCAAGUUUCGCAAACACUGUACGCCUACGUCGGACGCUGUCUGCGAAUGUGUUUCAGGCUACUUCUUCAUUGAAGCCCAUUCCACCUGCCAAAGUUGCACCAAAUGCCCUCCCGGUCAGGGCGCUGAGAAGCCUUGUGAAUGGAACGAGAACAGCGUGUGCAAGCCCUGUGCUGAGGGCACUUGGUCGUCAACGGACUCUGCUACGGACACAUGCCAGACCUGCAGAAGGUGUAAACCCGGGCAGAUCGAAAUGCGGCCUUGUACAGCCACACAAAACACCCUCUGCUGCCCCUUGCAUAAUCCCAACUGCCAGGACACCUUCGCAGAGGAGGAAUUUGACGGUCAGGAGGCCAUCCACCAAACUGACCUUACACCACUUAUGGUUCUCACACGCGGCGGUUUUAGCCACACCGGCCAUAAAUGCACAAACACCACCACCGCCACAAAGGGCGCAUCAAAGGAUUUUCCCGUCCUACAGUGUGAUUGGCUGCUGCGAGGGCCAAUGACGAGCCAGCAGUCGGAGGGUCAGUUGGGUUUUUAUCAAAUACGUGCAGGCGCCCAGGCGGCUGCAAGUGGCCUCGAAUCAAAUUGGAUCUCUUUCUCUGAAAAGGGGAUCUCCCACGACCUUAAUGGAACUCUAGAUUCCAUGAACAUCAAGACGGCUUUUCGCAUUGAGGAAGAACAGACCUAUGAAGUGCACUUUCACCCACCAAGAGGCGAAAUCGAGGAGGGCGGUGAGUCAUGCGUCUUCACGCAAAAGGACGUCGGUAGGGACUGCGACAUCGGCGGUGCUGGUCUUGGUGACUGGUUGAAGUGCCAGUCCGCCCCCCUUUUAUUUUACGUGGGAUUUAUUCAUUUUAACCCAAUGGCCGAAUCGGAAUUCGCCGAUAAUGUAGAUGCGGCCCAUUUCACCGAAUCUCUGGCCAUCAUACAGAAACCCAAGUCUAUGCAAAGCCAAGGGCAGUGCGCAGAAGACCAGGCGGCUUCACAACUGGCCUACGGUGAUGACUAUCCAAUGAUCACGAUAUACUGCUCUUUGCUUGGACUGGUGAUUCUCACCCUUCUCAUUUAUGUGUUCUACAAGCUGUGGCAGCAGCGAUUAUCAGCGGAAGAUGCCAAAACUAUUGAAGCGGACGUCUUUUAUCCCGCCUUUAUGGGACUCAAGUCUGGUAAAGGCAAAUCGAGGAGCUCCAAGAUGUCCGCUCCCUCAAAGGUUACAACGGAUCGACAGCACUUGCUCGGCGGAUUACAGCAGUAUUCAUGCACCCCACAAAAUCCCACGCUUCAUGACGCACUUCUAACAGAAUUGUCCCAAGGCCUAGCAGUUGAGAAUCGAUGGAAACAUGUCGGUGGAUUGUUGGGUUUCAGCGAAGAAUCUCUUCAAAAUUUCGAGAAGGUGGGAGCUUCUGAGAAAACUUCGAACUCGGCAGAUUCAGCUGCUGUCGCGGCUCGACUGAUGUUGACUUCCUGGUACUCUGCAAGAGCUGCAACGGAUCCUGAUCCUCUGAGGUCACUCCUGAUGGUUUUAGGAUGCACUCCAAGCACUGGACACCUUUGUCGAUGUUUGAAAGAAUACAUGAAAUAUUCUAGCAUCGCACCUUGCUACGCAAUACCCCCCACAGAACCGCCAUCUCAGUCGCCGGCUACAGCAAUUUCUCCUGAAGCCCAGAACACUAAUAAUCACUGA